AAGGACAUGCAUCUCCUGGGACAAAGGCGUCUCAUCAGACCACGAACUGCCUAGAGGGACCCAACUCUGUGCUAGCAAUGGCUUCUCAGCAACCGAUCACAGUCCAGCCACAGUGUCCAGUGGCCCAAAGGCCAGGCGAGUGGCAGUCAGGGCUGAUGGACUGCUGCUCCGACUGUAACGUGUGUCUUUGUGGAACCUUCUGCUUCCCCUGCCUGGGGUGCCAAGUGGCUGAGGACAUGAAUGAGUGCUGCAUGUGUGGCCCCAGCGUGGCCAUGAGGACACUCUACCGCACCAGAUAUAACAUCCCGGGCUCCAUUCUGGGUGACUGUGCCUCCACCGUGUUCUGCCCUUCGUGUGCUCUCUGCCAGCUGAAGAGAGACAUCAACCAGAGAAAGGAGCUGGGCAUAUUCUCGUAA